AUGACAAAAAACCCCUAACCAACAAAAGUCCCAAAUAACAUAUUUUCUUUCAGAAAUGUAUGAUUAUUGUUCAGCAAAGUUCAGAAUUAUAUUUGACUGCCUUGUACUCUCUUCUCUCUCUUGUAUCUCCCAGGUUGGUGCCCAAAUUUCUACAGGUACUCAGAAAUUGCCAUCAGAUGAAAAGCAAGUUAAAAAUGAUAAAAACACAUAGCAGAACUAAUAUUUUACACAGAGUCUGUGCAUGAUUUUCUCAAGAAGUAUGUAUUGAAUGUCUCAUGCUGUAGGUACUGCACUGACUGAUCAGCAAGGAUGAAGGUGCUGUCUUCAUGAAACGACAUUCUGUUGAGUGGCAACCUCAUAAAUAGGAUAGGUUGUGGAACUGGAAUCAUUGUGAGCAGCCAGCAUGAACAGCCAGCCAGCCAGCAUUUCUAUCAGAAAUCUCUUGAGAACUUAAUUAUAAGCACUUCGAAAAUACAGUUAAGAGUUCAGAGUGGCUGCGUGGUGGUGGUACACACCUUUAAUCCCAGAACGUGUGAGGUAGAGUCUGGUGAAUCUCUGUCAAUUGAAAGUCAGCCUGGUCUACAGAGUUCCAGGACACCUAGGACUACCCUGUCUUGAAAGAAAAGGCCUUCCUUAAAGUUUCCCAUGUCUCAAUGGACUCCUGAAUAUAACGAGUUCUACACCCUAAAAGUGGCUAUGAAGAGUGGGACUCCUGAUGUGCCCACAACACAGGAGAGUCUGAAGGGGGUCCUUCUGCACCCACAGCCCUUAGGGGCCAGCAAGAGCUUCCCUGCAGAAGUGGAGAUGAUUAACAGCAAAGUGGGGAAUGAAUUCUCUCACCUAUGUGAUGAUUCAAAACAAGAGAAGGACAUGAAUGGCAACCAGCAAGAGCAAGAAAAAAGUGGUGUUGUGAGGAAAAAGCGCAAAAGCCAACAGGCUGGGCCCUCAUAUGUACAGAAUUGUGUCAAGGAAAAUCAGGGAAUUAUAGGGCUGAGGCAACAUCUAGAGACACCAAGUGAUGAAGAUAAUGACUCUUCCUUCAGUGAAUGUCUGUCUUCUCCCUCAUCUAGUCUCCAUUUUGGGGACUCUGAUACUGUGACUUCAGAUGAGGACAAAGAAGUCUCAGUGAGACAUUCCCAGCCUGUUCUGAGUGCUAAAAGCAGAAGUCACAGUGCACGGUCCCAAAAGUGGCCUCGGACUGAGGCAGAGUCUGUGUCAGGCUUGUUGAUGAAAAGACCUUGUUUUCAUGGUAGUGCACUGAGGAGACUCCCAUGCAGAAAGAGACUAGUGAAGAGCAGCUCCUCUCAAAGGACACAGAAACAGAAGGAGAGGCUGCUGGUGCAGAGGAAGAAGCGGGAGGUGCUGGCCCAGAGGAAGUAUGCGCUCCUCCCCAGCUCCAGUAGCUCCAGUGAGAACGACCUCAGCAGCGACUCUUCUUCUAGUUCCUCAACGGAUGGAGAAGAGGACCUGUGUGCAUCUGCCAGUGAGAACCCCAGCAACUCCGCUGCCCCCUCAGGAAGUAUUGAUGAAGAUGUUGUGGUGAUAGAAGCUUCCUUCACUCCCCAGGUCACUGCCAAUGAAGAAAUUAAUGUUACCUCAACUGACAGUGAAGUGGAGAUUGUUACAGUUGGAGAAAGCUAUCGGUCUCGUUCCACCCUUGGGCACUCCAGAUCUCAUUGGAGCCAAGGUUCAAGUUCGCAUACAGGUCGGCCACAGGAGCCUCGAAACCGCAGUAGGAUCUCUACUGUUAUACAGCCCCUGAGGCAGAACGCAGCAGAAGUUGUGGACCUUACUGUUGAUGAAGAUGAACCUACUGUAGUACCAACCACUUCUGCCAGAAUGGAAUCACAAACUACUAGCGCUUCCAUUAGCAAUUCCAAUCCAUCUACCUCUGAGCAAGCCUCUGAUGCUACUUCAGCUGUGGCCACUAGCCAGCCUUCCACAGUGUCAGAGACUGCAGCUACUCUCACAAGCAAUAGUGUGGCUGGUUCUUCUGUGGGCGAUGACUCGAGGAGAACUACAUCCAGUGCUGUUCCGGAAACGGGCCCUCCUGCCAUGCCAAGGCUCCCUUCCUGCUGUCCUCAGCACUCGCCAUGCGGAGGGACUUCACAGGGUCACCAUGCAUUAGCACAUCCUCACGCAAGUUGUUUUCAGCAACAUGGCCACCAUUUUCAGCAUCAUCACCACCACCACCAUACUGCCCACCCAGCAGUCCCAGUUUCUCCUUCCUUCAGUGAUCCCGCUUGUCCUGUGGAAAGACCUCCUCAAGUACAGGCUCCUUGUGGUGCAAAUAGCAGCUCUGGUUCCAGCUACCAUGACCAGCAGGCAUUGCCAGUUGAUCUGAGCAGCAGCGCUCUCAGGACUCAUGGAAGUGGGGGUUUCCAUGGUGCAUCUGCCUUCGACCCCUGCUGUCCUGUUUCUUCUUCCCGAGCUGCAGUUUUUGGCCACCAGGCUGCUGCUGCCCCGACUCAGCCUUUAGCAAUAGAUGGCUAUGGUUCAAGCAUGGUUGCGCAGCCCCAGCCCCAACCACCUCCACAGCCUUCUCUCUCAUCAUGUCGGCAUUAUAUGCCACCUCCUUAUGCUUCCUUAACAAGACCACUGCACCAUCAAGCCUCGGGUUGCCCUCACUCUCAUGGAAAUGCACCUCCUCAGACUCAGCCUCCCCCUCAAGUGGAUUAUGUUAUUCCUCAUCCCGUACAUGCUUUCCAUUCUCAGAUAUCUUCUCAUGCAGCAUCUCACCCUGUGGCGCCCCCGCCCCCAACUCAUUUAGGCAGUACAGCUGCACCCAUCCCUCAGCAUCUUCCUCCAGCUCACCAGCCGAUUUCACACCAUAUUCCAGCCCCAGCACCUCCAGCCCAGAGACUUCACCCUCAUGAAGUGAUGCAGAGGAUGGAAGUUCAGAGGAGGAGGAUGAUGCAGCAUCCAACUGGUCUUUUUGUGUUCUGUGUUUCCAGGCGGGCACAUGAACGUCCCCCGCCCCAUCCACAUAGGAUGCACCCAAACUAUGGCCAUGGGCAUCAUAUUCAUGUGCCUCAAACCAUGUCCUCACAUCCUCGCCAGGCUCCAGAGAGAUCUGCCUGGGAACUGGGGAUUGAAGCUGGAGUGACUGCAGCUACCUACACGCCUGGCGCACUGCACCCUCAUCUAGCCCAUUAUCAUGCCCCUCCUCGACUUCAUCACCUACAGUUAGGAGCACUUCCUUUAAUGGUUCCUGACAUGGCAGGCUACCCUCACAUUCGUUAUAUUUCUUCAGGAUUGGAUGGAACAUCGUUCAGAGGUCCUUUCAGGGGCAAUUUUGAGGAACUGAUUCAUCUGGAAGAAAGAUUAGGAAAUGUCAAUCGUGGAGCAUCCCAGGGAACAAUUGAAAGAUGCACAUAUCCACAUAAAUAUAAAAAGGUAACAACUGAUUGGUUCUCACAGAGGAAACUGCACUGCAAACAAGAUGGGGAAGAAGGGACAGAGGAAGACACAGAGGAAAAGUGUACUAUCUGUUUGUCUAUUUUAGAGGAAGGUGAAGAUGUGAGGCGCCUUCCGUGUAUGCACCUUUUCCACCAAGUGUGUGUUGAUCAAUGGCUGAUCACCAAUAAGAAGUGCCCCAUAUGCAGAGUGGACAUCGAAGCCCAGCUGCCAAGUGAAAGUUGACACCGUAUUUCAGAACUCUUGCUGUCCCUCUCAUUCCCAUUCUUCCUGGUACUGCAGUCAACCAAAGAUGGCAUGACUUACCUGCGCAGAUCUGGAAGCCUUGAACUCGGAGUGCUGACUCUGCUACAUGGUACAGCUACCGCUAGACCUACAACUUAUGUACACAGUUGAUUUUGAUGUAUUUAUAAAAGCUUUUGUGGUUUUUUUUUCUAGAUUUGACAUUUCUUCCUGUAUCAUUUUACUGUAUUUUUGCAUGAUUCCUUGUAUUGCAUUUCUUUGCACAUAUUAUGGGCUUGUGACCCUAAACUUGCAGGCAAGAUUAGCUGCUUUAGUAAGUAGUAUUUUUGUGGUCUUUUUGUUGUUACUUUUUUUUUUUUUACAUAGUACCUUGAGAAUUAUGAAUUUUUUUAUUCAUUACUAACCUUUAAUUUAAUCAAUCAUGUACUUUAGUUUAAUGUAUAAAGAUCCUCUAGAAAAUGAUAAUAUUGUGUAUUAAGACAUUCCUUAAUUAAAUUAGGACAAAAUGGCUGCUGUAUAUUUACAAUAUGGAGUUCUGAGUUAAGUACCACUCUUAAUACUGGGAACAGAAUGCAACCCAUGUCAAUCAGAUGAAGGUGGUACUCACAUGACCAGAGUGAUCAAUAGGAAUUUUCUUGGUGUAUCCUUUCUUCCAGCACAGUGCAAGAUCGAGUUGCUAUUGACGCCGUACGUUUAGACUGCUGUUCUGACCCUAUUUAUCUUCCUCUAUGCCAUUCGGAACUUUAUUCCCUAAUCCAAUUUUUGCUGCUGUGAAACAGCUUUGAUGAACACUAAAUAUUAAUUUGAGUUAGCUGGAUUGUAUAUACUUGCAGAUUUAAAAAAACUAGGGAAAUUGAAAAAGACAUGUAGAAUUUUGUUAGGUCUUCUGCUAAGCACGAAUAAUUAAGAUAUCUGCUUACAUUAAUUUUAUAAAGUCAUUCAGUCAGGAUUUAGGAUUCAGUCAUUGGCAGGUAUCUAUGCAUUCAUAGAACUUCUAAGGGUCCCAGGUUCACUUUUAAGGGAUUUUUUUUUUAUAGUUUAAAUAAAGUCAGCUGAAUCUACAUGUCUCUUGUUUUCUUUCUCUCUAAACUUGAAAACAAUAAAUCUGCAGAUACUGUGAGGCACAGAUUAUAUUGUCAGGCUACUGUUGGCUAUGGUUAUAGACACCCACUUCAGACAUUACCAAGAGUCGAUCACUGAUUUAAAAAUUUUAAUUUCUAUAGUUAAGAUUUACAACAUAAUAUAGAAUAAAAGUUAACAUACUAACAUUUCUCCUUUGGAGGAAGUUUUAAUCCACUUCAGGAUGCAUAUUAUCAAGAUACUUUCAUAUACAGGAUAGCCUAAUUUUAUUUGUUUAAAUAUGCUUAAUAUGCCCAAGAUUGCAAAUGCAUCCAGUCAGUAAUACCACUGUCUGUAUGUGGAAGACAUGUUCCCAUGGAUCAUAUGUGAAGAUGUCAAUAAGCUUGCAUUAAGCCACCUGCUUUGUAAGUGGAUUGAUUAAUAAAUAACUUAUAUUUCUAUUGUC